AUGUGGGGUCUUCUUUCAGACGAGAUGUACCGACGGCGGGCUGAUGAACAGAGCAACACGCAUGCCAGUGAUUGGCAUAAAACUGACAAUCAGAGAAUAUGUGCACCUGAUGAAUCGGCAACCGACUUACAAUCAGAGGAUCAGUUCUAUACGCCGCCCAAUGGGACGUGGGGAGAACGUGACGUGGGAGCACCCCUUGACCCGGCCAGGUCAAUGGUGGAUUAUGAUGCUCUACGUCGAGAACUCACAAGACUAAGCGUUGGUCACAGUCGCCCAGCUUCCGGCAUGAAAAGGCUGUCUUCGAUAGCUCGUCUUGACCUCGAUAGAAUAGAAUCGGCGGCGAGCAGACCUCAGAGAACUCGAAGCCGGGCCACCUCUUGGGCUUCGUUCGAAUCGGAAGAUGCCGAAACUUUGGAGGGAGAGCAAUCAGUGGAGAAAGAGGACUUUGAUGUUGGCGACUUCUUGAGAGACGGUCGUUUCGAGAAAAGGGCGCCUACUGGAGAAUCUGCGAAGAAGAUCGGGGUGGUGUUCAAGAAUCUCACGGUUAAAGGUGAAGGGGCAUCCGUCGCAUUUAACAAAACACUCCCUCAGGCAGUCGUCGGCACUUUUGGUCCUGAUCUGUAUCGUUUGCUUUGCCGCUUCUUACCCGCUCUGCGUCUUGGCAGGAGACCGCCGACGCGUACACUGAUCCACGAUUUCUCUGGUGCUGUGAGAGAUGGAGAAAUGAUGCUUGUGCUGGGACGACCUGGAUCAGGCUGCACUACGUUCCUGAAAGCAAUCGCGAAUGACCGAUCGGAUUAUGCAGCGGUCACAGGAGAGGUCACGUAUGGUGGAAUCUCCGCAGAAGAGCAGCGCAAGACCUACAAAGGCGAAGUCAAUUACAAUCCGGAAGAUGAUCGACACUUACCUGCUUUGACGGUAUGGCAGACUCUCCGAUUCUCAUUAAUGAACAAGACCAAGAAGCACGAUGCCGGAAGCAUUCCUAUCAUUGUUGACGCCCUUCUAAAAAUAUUUGGAAUCUCUCACACAAAAGACACUCUAGUGGGAGACGAGUAUGUCCGGGGAGUCUCCGGUGGCGAAAGAAAACGAGUAGGAAUAGCAGAAACUCUAUCAGCAAAAAGUACUGUCAUGUGCUUCGAUAACAGUACUCGGGGGCUCGACUCUUCAACUGCCCUCGACUAUGUCAACUCACUUCGAAUAAUGACGGAUGUCUCCCAUCGAACUACCUUUGUCACCUUGUACCAGACAGGAGAAGGAAUCUACGAGCUCAUGGACAAGGUACUUGUUAUCGAAGAGGGUAGAAUGAUCUACCAAGGACCUGCCAAAGAAGCUAAAGAAUACUUUCAAAGCCUGGGCUUUCAUUGUCCAGAGCGUCAAUCUACUGCGGAUUUCCUGACAUCAGUCGGGGAUCCAAAUGAGAGACAAUUCCAGCCGGGUAAAGAGGCCUCUACACCAAAAACAGCUACGGAACUAGAAGCCGCCUUUACAGCUUCUGAUCACUACAAGAAACUCAUCGCCGAUGUGAAUAGCUAUGAGAAAAAGCUACAGGAGUCGGAAAAUGCUGAUGCCCGACAAUUCCAAGGAGCAGUCGAGGAGGGCAAAAGUAAGCACGUAUCGAAAAGAUCGAGCUACACUGUAUCUUUUCCCCGGCAAGUAUACGCCUGCACUCUUCGGGAAUUUUGGUUGCUAUGGGGUGACAAAACCACCCUUUACACCAAAGCCUUCGUCAUUGUCUCCAAUGGGCUCAUCGUUGGAUCGCUAUUCUACGGGCAAACGCCUGCCACUGAAGGCGCGUUCUCCCGGGGCGGCAGCCUUUUCUUUGCUAUUUUGUUUCUUGGGUGGCUCCAGCUGACUGAACUGAUGAGAGCGGUGUCUGGCCGAGUGGUAAUUGCUCGGCAUCGAGAGUAUGCUUUCUAUCGUCCAUCAGCUGUGGUCAUCGCACGAGUCAUACUCGACAUGCCUGUGCUUCUCGUACAAGUUAUCAUCUUUGGCUUGAUCAUGUACUUCAUGACCAAUCUGGAUGUUGACGUUUCGAAAUUCUUCAUCCUUGAGCUGUUCGUCUAUACCAACACAAUUUGCAUUACUGCAUUAUACCGGAUGUUUGCAGCACUUUCACCAACUAUUGAUGAUGCUGUCCGCUUUGCUGGCACUGGGUUGAACCUUCUGAUUAUAUUCACCGGGUAUGUGAUUCCGAAGCCGUUGCUUGUCUCCCGCUAUAUCUGGUUCGGCUGGCUGUACUACGUCAAUCCGAUCUCCUAUGCCUACGAAGCUGUGUUGGCCAACGAGUUUUCUGGCCGGACCAUGCAAUGUUCUCCGCAACAGUUAAUCCCCCAAGGUCCUGGGGUGAGCUCUGAAUUCCAAGGCUGCGCCUUGACAGGUGCUCGGCUGGGUAGCACCACUGUCACAGGGGACGAGUAUAUUGGCACCACCUUCGCUUACAGCCGAAUGAAUCUGUGGCGCAAUUUUGGGGUUUUGAUCGCUUUCACAGUCCUCUAUAUCAUCAUUACAGCUUUUGCCUCCGAAGUUUUCACGUUUGUAAGUACUAGAGGUGGAGCUAUGAUCUUCAAAAAGACCACGAAGGCCAAGCAAAUCAUCAGUAAGGACACGGAAGUGGUUGAUGAGGAGAAGAUUGUGUCGAGUCAAAGAGCGUCUGCUAGGUCCGAGAAUACUGUUCUAGCCGAAACCAGCGACGACGAAGUCAAGGAAAUUGCUAAAAGUGAGAGCGUGUUCACAUGGGAAAAUGUUGAGUAUACCGUUCCAUAUCAGGGUGGAGAGCGGAAGCUUCUUAACAAAGUCAGCGGGUACGCGAAACCUGGAGUCAUGAUAGCCCUGAUGGGCGCAAGUGGAGCCGGCAAGACGACCUUACUCAACACGUUAGCUCAAAGACAGUCAAUGGGCGUCGUUGGUGGAGAAAUGCUUGUCGAUGGGCACAAGCUUGGACCUGAAUUCCAACGAGGCACUGGUUUCUGCGAACAGAUGGACUUACAUGACGGAACGGCAACGAUUCGUGAAGCUCUAGAGUUUUCUGCAAUACUCCGACAAGAUCGCGAAAUACCCAGAGAAGAGAAAUUGGAUUACGUGAACAAUAUCAUCGAUCUGCUCGAGCUCAACGACAUAGAAGAUGCGAUCAUUUCGUCUCUCGGUGUCGAACAACGCAAACGGUUGACGAUCGGGGUGGAAUUGGCUGCCAAACCUUCCUUGCUACUAUUUCUUGAUGAGCCCACUUCGGGCCUUGAUAGCCAGUCUGCAUUCUCAAUCAUCAGAUUUCUCAAGAAGCUCGCUCGAGCUGGUCAGGCAAUUGUCUGCACCAUUCAUCAACCCUCGUCAGUUUUGAUCCAGCAAUUCGACAUGAUCCUCGCCCUCAAUCCUGGUGGAAACACCUUCUAUUUUGGGCCUGUUGGCGAGAAUGGCUCGGCUGUCAUCAAGUACUUUGCAGAUCGAGGCACCCAAUGUCCUCCAGGAAAGAAUGUUGCAGAAUUCAUCCUUGAAACUGCUGCCAAGGGCGGCAGUCGAGGCAAGGACGGCAAGCGACAGAACUGGAACAAGCAGUGGCGGGAAUCUCAAGAGAACCAAGACCUCCUCGUCGAGAUCAACAGGCUCAAGACGAGUCGCAGCAAUGCCAUUGCCACUACUGAAAGCAAACCUCAACACGAAUUUGCCGCUCCCGUCUGGUCUCAGACCAUCGAACUAACAAAGCGUACGUUCAUCCAACACUGGCGCGACCCCAGCUAUCUUUACGGCAAACUGUUCGUCAGCGUCAUUAUCGGUAUCUUCAACGGCUUCACCUUCUACCAACUCAACACGUCCAACGAUCUGACCAGCCUCCAAAAUCGACUCUUCACCGCAUUUCUCGCCAUCCUCAUUCCACCUACAAUCGUCAACGGCGUCCUCCCAAAAUUCUACCAAAAUCGCGCUUUAUGGGAAGCAAGGGAGCACCCAUCAAGGGUAUAUGGCUGGUUCGCGUUCUGCACUGCCCAGGUGGUUGCCGAGAUCCCUAUGGCGAUUCUGAGCGGGACAAUCUAUUGGCUGUUGUGGUACUGGCCUGCUGGCCUGCCUACUGACAGCGGGACAGCUGGCUAUGUAUAUAUCAUGACGGUUCUGUUCUUCCUGUUCAUGGCGAGUUGGGGACAGUGGAUCUGUGGAUUCGCGGGCAGUUUCACCGUCAUUUCGAACAUCCUGCCCUUCUUCUUCGUAACCUUUUCCCUCUUCAACGGCGUGGUCCGACCAUACGCCCAACUACCGCCCUUCUGGCGCUAUUGGAUGUACUACCUCAACCCGUCUACCUAUUGGAUCGGCGGAGUCCUCGCCGCCACUCUCCCUUCCGUACGGGUCGUUUGCUCAGCGGCUGAGACGACCUUGUUCCGCUCGCCGCCAGGGACGAGCUGUGGCGAGUACGCCGGCCGCUACGUCACCGAAGUCCUCCAACGUGGGUACCUGGUCAAUCCCGCCGCGACGGACGUCUGCGGCUACUGCGCUUACCGCGAUGGGACGGAAUAUCUGUCAACGCUCAACAUCCGCCCGGGCGAGAAGUGGCGCGAUUUCGGUCUCUUUGCCAUGUUCGUGGUCACUAAUUGGGUCUUGGUCUACUUCUUCAUCUACACGGUUCGAGUACGCGGGUGGACAUUCGGGUUGGGUCUCGUUUCGAGGGGCGUGAGGAGGGGUGGUGAUGCCGUGAGGAGGGGGUUGAGCGGGUUGGUUAGGCGGCGGAGGUGA